CAGCGGGCAGAGGAUGGCGGACGGCGAGUUUGGGUACGUUCUCACGCUGGCCCGGGACUAUACGAAGCACGUUCUGCAGGGGCCCCAGCCCGGGUGCCACCCAAGCAGAGUAUCCCAAGUGCUACAAGACGUGGCCUUCUCGGUCCAGGGGGAGGUCGAGAAGCAGCUGAAGCCGUGCCUGGACAAGUUCCACGUGGGGUCGGUAGACACGGCCAGGACGAUGUUCCACCAAGUGAUGGAGAAGGAAUUUGAAGACGGCAUCAUCAACUGGGGCAGGAUUGUGACUAUAUUUGCGUUUGAGGGCAUCCUCAUCAAGAAGCUUCUCCAGGAGCGGAUCGUCCCAGACGCAGAUGCGUUCAAGGUUUCCUACUUCGUUGCCGAGUUCAUCACGAAACACACGGGAGAAUGGAUCCGGCAAAACGGAGGCUGGGAAAACGGCUUUGUAAGGAAGUUCGAACCCAAGUCUGGCUGGCUGACCUUUCUGGAAGUUACAGGAAAGAUCUGUAAGGUAUUGUCUGUCCUGAAGAACUACUACUGAGCGGCCAGAAGCACAGAACACUCUGGAUUGUGAAACCUGCCUGGCUGUCUUGACUCUUGCACUAAGUGUUGCCGGCACGCACUUCCACUGGACAAACGACUUUGGUGAUGUAACUCGAUCUUGCAGAGUUACGGGGAUUUUGUUCUCAUUUUGAUAAAUAAACCGUAUUUGUCUCAGUA